CUUCAAGCUCCCUCCAGCUUCUAUCACAACCAUCAACUCACUCAAUCACCACCCACAACACCGCAAAAAUGAGGAGAAUAGAAACAUUGGUGCUGCUCAGCACCUUCACAACCGGUAUCCUCGCCGCAGAGUCCUCUCGUCCUCGUGGUGUAUCGCCAGAAUUCGCGAAAUUCUACAAAGACCCAAACGUCUUCACCUGUAUCUCCAACCCAUCCAUCACCCUCACCCCCUCGCAGAUCAACGACGAGUACUGCGACUGCCCAGACGGCUCAGACGAACCCGGCACCGCAGCCUGCACCUACCUCUCCGCGCUCUCUCCGCCUCAACCUAUAUCCGGGACCCCCAACACGACACUCGCCCUCCCAGGCUACUACUGCAAGAAUAAAGGCCACAUCCCAAGCUACGUCCCGCACAGCUACGUCAACGACGGCGUCUGCGACUACGAGCUCUGCUGCGACGGCAGCGACGAGUGGGCCGGCGUCGGGGGCACGAAAUGUGAGGAUCGCUGUAAGGAGAUUGGGAGGGAGUGGAAGAGACUCGAUGAUCUGCGGCAGAAGGCUGCAAGGACGGCGGCGAAGAGGCGCAUGGAGUUGGUGGGCGAGGCGCAGGCGUUGAGGGCCGGGGUGGAGAUUAAGAUUGGGAGGCUGGAGACGGAGAUUAGGGAGCUGGAGCGGAAGGCGGCGGAUUUGAAGAUUAGGUAUGAGGAGGUUGAGAGGAGGGAGAGGGGACGGGUGGUUAAGAGUGCUGGGGGAAAGGGGAGUAAGGUUACGGUGCUAGCGGGGCUGGCGAGGGCGAGGGUUGAGGAGUUGAGGGAGGCGCUUGUGGGGGUUGUGGGUAAGAGGGAUGCGUUGAGGAAGAGGGUUAAGGAGUUGGAGGGCAUAUUGGCUACGUUUAAGGAGGAGUAUAAUCCUAACUUUAACGAUGAGGGGGUUAAGCGUGCAGUGAAGAGUUGGGAGGAUUACGCUGCUAAUAAGAAGGAGGAGGAUGUUAGUGCUGAGGAUCGAGAUCUGGAGGAGAUUUCCAAGCCUGAUAGCGAGAGUGAGGGGAUCAAUUGGGCGGAGUGGGAGACGGGGGAUGAGGAGAGUGAUGUUGAUGCUCUCUACAAAUUCGAAGAAUACCUCCCAGCCCCAGUCCGCACCUGGGUCCACCAAAAACUCACAGAUCUCCGCAUCCUGCUGAUCGAAAACGGUAUCCUAGCCGAUAACGCCAAUUCGGGCAGCGAAUCCAAAGCCGUGACCGAUGCUCGCAACGCUUACCAAACCGUCAACGACGAUGUGGGAAUCAAGCAAACAUCUCUCGGCGAUCUAAAGAAUGAUCUCGAGAAAGAAUACGGUCCCGAUGAUAUCUUCCGUGCCUUGAAAGGGACGUGCGUCUCUAAAGACUCAGGCGAGUAUGAGUACGAACUCUGCUGGAUGGAUCAGACGAAGCAAAAAUCUAAGAAAGGCGGUGGACACACGGGGAUGGGCAACUUUGUACGCUUCGACAAGACGACGGUAGAUGAGGAGAUCGGGGCUGAUGGCAAGGGGUUGGGGAGCGGGGAGAGGAUGGUGCUGAUGUAUGAGAAUGGACAGCAUUGUUGGAAUGGGCCGAAUCGGCAGACGACGGUGGUGCUGGCUUGUGCGGAGAAGGAUGAGAUUUGGAAGGUGGUGGAGCAGGAGAAGUGUAUGUAUCGGAUGGAUGUCGGGACGCCGGCUGCGUGUGAUAAGGAGAAGAAGAGUGGUGGUGGGGAGAAGAAGGAUGAGUUGUAGAGGAGGAGAGGGAGGGGGAUUGUAUGGUGCGUUUGGGUGGAUAAAAUGUAUAAAUACAUAAGAUGAAUGUGAACAUUAGAUUAGUGUUGCGGGUACGAGCUUUGCUGAGAGUGUGAAAUAGCCUUUUUUCUGUUGCAGG